AUGAACAGCUUCUCAACUACACUUCUUGCUAUUGUUUUCAUGACAUCUCCCUUUUUGACCGGGGCGUUCAAUUUUGCGGAUAACUUCAAAUUGACAAAUCUUGAUCAUGCACAUUCAUGGUCGGCAGAGGAUUUGAAGGACCCUGUUAGGAAGUUUUUUACAAGCUUCGAUGGGGACAAAAGAGAGGGUUUAGUCAACCAGAUGGAUCCAAAUGCCGAGUUCAUCCAUUACGGAGCGCGACUCGUGGUACAAAAUAUCCCUGUACUUUUGGAAACCCAGAUGAAAGGCCGCGAAUAUCAAACGGAAAUCUACAAAAUGAGUCUUUCGCCAGCAUCGACUGACGUGAAGGCUCAGAUUUUCUUCAUAUUCUCUCAUCAGAUGGAGGUCUUUGGUAAAGUGAAUGAGCUUAAGCAGAAAGAAUCAAGGAGCUUCAAGGUGUUCAUGGAUCUCAUUCGAAACAACGGCGAAAUCAAAAUCAAGAGAUUUGAGCGAGUUCAACUAUAG